UUGUAAAAAAAAUGGCCGGGUGAAAGGCAAUGGCCGUUACCUGACGUAACAACAAAAGAACUUUAUGGAUACAAUGGGGAAGAUUUUAGCAUUGUUUUUAUUACUUUUCAUCCAUAUUUUAACGACUAAAUGUGAUCCAUGUGAUACUUACACAGUUCUGGAUUCGCUCGAGGAGUACGUUCGAUCCGUAGCUAAUGCUGCCUCUUCUCCUACACUAUGUGACAAUACCUUAGAAGCUGGUUGGUACCGUGUCACUAGCUAUGCUGGGGAACGGAUGCCAACAGAAUGUGUUUUUGGUGGAAUGAGGUGUGGAACAACACUUUCAAUAUGGAUGAACGGAACGUAUCCAGACACCGGUGUUGUUGCGACUGUUCAAGCAUGCGCGGCACAUUAUGAUGGAGAUUGUUGUAAAUACUCUUAUGACAUAGAGGUCAAGAACUGUACAAACUAUUUAGUGUACAAUUUGCUUCCGGUGUCAUCAUGCUAUCAGGCUUAUUGCUUUGGUUCGGAAAUGCCAUGUUCUGCUGGUGAAACAUCUAAUAAUGGAUUUACACCUGGAUGUAAAUUUGAUCCUUGCUUGGAAGAAAACUAUCAAACUUUAGAUGAUUGGCAACGAUCAGUUAAUAAUACAAUCAUUGGCAAUUUGUGUGACAAUCGGCUGACUCCAGGAUGGUACCGUCCAAUUAGUCUCGUAGGAAAUACAAUGCCAACAGAAUGUACACAAAACGGAUUCAGAUGCGGAACUACUUAUCCAAUAUGGAUGAAUGGAUCGUACCCUUUGUCUGGCAAAAUUGCAGAUGUUACGGCCUGUGUAGCAAACUUCAACGGAGGCUGCUGUACCAGUUCAUAUGACAUCCGGGUUAAAAAUUGUGACAGUUUUUACAUAUAUAACUUACAAGCUACAAGUGGAUGCUACCAAUCCUAUUGUUUCGGUACUGAAGUUAAAUGUCCAGUGGGAGAAACCUCGGAUAACGGAGGGUUUACACCAGGAUGUGAAUUCGACCCAUGUCAUAGCAUCAACUACGAGGUACUCAUAGAAGAAAUGAAACGAUCAUCAAACUAUACACUGCAAUCCGAUGAUGUGGCCAUAGAGGACAGUCGAUUAACAGCGGGAUGGUAUAGAAUCGAUAGUGCAACCGGAAAUGACAUAGUCAAUGAGAGCGUUUAUAUGAUGCAGUGUGGUACUUUAUAUCCACUGUGGAUGGACGGAAACUUACCAGAUGUUUCUGAUAAGACAGUUGACAGAAAAGUAUGUAAAUCAGGAGUAUCAAGUAUAUGUGACCAGACGUAUGACAUAAAAGUUCGCAAUUGUGGUAGCUACAGAACCUAUUACUUGACACAGCUGAAUGCUGACAAAUCUGCCUAUUGCUUUGGUACUCUACCCGUUCCUGAUACUACAACUACAACCACAGGAAAUCCUCCAGGAAAACCUCGACCAAAAGAAGGUGAUGAAAAUGACAAAGGAGAUAAACCGUACAUAUGGGUAAUUGUGGCUAUGCUUGCAGUGCUUUCAACAAUAUUGUUAACUAUACUCCUUUUAAGAUUGCUUGUACCAAAAUCUUUACCAAAGCGCUCCAGUAGCAUUUACAUGUCUGAAAAGCUUCCGCCUUCUAAUGGAGAAGCAAAAAUAGUUUCAUCACCACCUAGAAGUACAAGUUUUUUGGAGUCUUAAAGAUACGACUACUAAUUAAUUCUUUGAGAAAGAUAUUGAUGAAGGAUUCAAAACAAUGCGACAUAAUAAUUUGUAGUAAGAAGAAACUUUUGUUUAUUAUUAAGUUAACUGGUAUGUAUAUUUUUCAAGUUGAUAUUAUAUACAUAGUUCCACUUUCAAUAAUGUUUAGAAACUAUCGUGAUGUGAUUAUCAUAUAGACAUGCGUGCAAUUUACAAGUGUAAAUUGAUUUGAAUGUAUUUGAUUUAUAAAUAGUUGCAAGCAAUAAUUUGUCAAAUCGAAAACAAUUUCUUAAAAAAAUUAUCAUAUGAAAAACGUUAAGGUGGUCUUCGGUUCGGAUUAUUACCUUGUUUUUUUAGAAUUUGUAAUUUUUUAUUUGUCUUAACAUUGAUUGGGUAUUCAUGGUAGUGAAAACUAAUGCUUUUCCUCUCAGAAAAAAAGCUUCUUUUAAUUCAGAUAUCAUUGUGCGUGCUUGAAUCUCAUAUAUCCUAGGCAACUUAAGAUGAAGGAUACUUCCAAUCUUCUCUGACUAUAUCCGGUAUUGGCUUUUCUCAUUGUUGAAGGCCGUACGGUGACCUAUAGUUGUUAAUUUCUGUGUCAUUUGGUCUCUCGUGGAGAGUUGUCUCAUUGGCAAUCAUACCACAUCUUCUUAUUUUUAUAAUUAUCCUCGAUAUUGACACAAAUGGAUGACUUCAAUGUUUCUGUUUUCUCAUUACAAUGUUGACUGCUGUAUCCCAGUUUUUGGCAUUUCUACCUAUUAUGUCUGUUUGUUUUGCUUACACAUUGUUGUCAAUAUAAUGUAAUUCUAUGCGAUUGUCAUACAAAGGAGAUGUUAGCUAGCUGAAAACCUAGUUUAAUUCACCAUUUUCUACAUAAGGAAAUGCCUGUACCAAGUCAGGAAUCUGACAGUUCUUUUCCAUUCGUUUGAUGUGUUUGAGCUUUUGAAUUUGCCAUUUUAUAAAAGACUUUCGGUUUUGAAUUUCCUUUGGAGUUCGGUAUUUUUGUUAUUUUACUUUUUUGUCAAACUAGAACCAAUAACAAACAUGAUGAUUUUGAAUUUACAAUCGCCAAUUUCCCAUUUCUCUUCAGUAAGGUACCAUAUGUCCUAACGUUUGUCGUUUGAUCGAGUAUGGAGUUGCAUGGCGGGUGAUGAAUGCAUAGUAGGAGACGCUUACUCUGUCAACGCACCAGGUUGCUCUCUUUUUGGAGUUUAUGCAAUAUUAACAGUUUUGUUUGUUAGUUUGGUAUGUCUUCUUAAUUGAUUUGUAUGAUUUUAUAAUCAAUAAACUUCUUUAGCCUUACAUGACACUUUUUAUGGUUACUCUUUUUGAGUUUUCAGGUUUAUCCUCAUUCUAGAGUUCAAGCUUUUGCUUUGCACAUGUUCGACGUAUCAACCGACGCAAUAAUAAUAAAAAUAAUAAUAAUUAUAAAAAUACGACAUCGUAUACGAACACGAUUAUUAUUAUAAUGUUAAUAAUAAUGACUAUACUAGUAACAAUGAGAAAUCGUUUCUAUUUUUUUAAAACGUAGAAUAUUCAUAGAAACCAACUUUGAACAAAGAAAUUAAGUGCAUUUUCAAUGGAUGCUUUAAAGAUGUGUUGCGCAAAAAAAUUUCACAACUUGUUUACACAUGUUACAUGUAUUUUACUUGUAAAAUGAUAAGAUAAAUAAUUAUCUUUUUUAAAAGAUUGAGGAACGUUGUCUGUUUCAAUUUUUAUUUGUCAAAUCAAACCUGUUUUUGGUUAUGUUAAAAAACAAAUGUUAUGUGUUUAGGUUCCGUCAUCAUUGGCCUAAGCUAAAAUAUAUAUGCACUAAAACUACUAUUAUAUGUAUGUAGAUGUCGUUUGACUCAUAUUAUUGUCACUUUAGAUGAAGAUUAACAGAAACGAUUAUGCAUUUUGCAAUUUCUGUAUCUGUAUUUUUAUUGUAUUGUGUUGUUUAUUAUUCAUUAUCUUGUUUAUGUAACACAAUUGUUAACAAAAUUCCAGCUAAACAUAAAAAAGUUUUAAUUUUUGAAAGUUCGAAAA